UUUUUGCCAACAAUAGGAAUCCUGUAUCUCGUCGAUUUGCGUAGUGUAUAGAAGGAAUCUGUUGAAAAAGAAAGGGAAAUAUGGAAACGUUUCUGAUGUUGGUUCUGUUGUUAGGGAUUUUAGUUGUGACGUCAUUUUCAAUGUAAACAAAGAAAUGCUAUCAUCAGAUGAGAUGACUUAAUAUGGACAAGAUUCACAGAAAGGCUUUAACUCAGUGUAGAUCAAAGAUUGUUAGUGAUCUGUCACCAGACAAUGAAUUCUGGGACAAAAUUGCUGAGAAGGAGAUUUUUACUCCUCUCAUGUUAGAGUACAUCCAGGCUAAAUAUCCAAGACCUGAAAAGGUUAGACAGUUAUUAGAUGAUUUAUUACGGAGAGGUCCAGAUGCUUAUUGGAAAUUUUUGUAUUGUUUAGACAAUUCUGGACAUAGACAUUUGGCAGAUGUUAUCAGACAAAAGGAACAAUUGAUCCUAAAUCCAAAUUAUAAUCCCAUUAUCCAAGAAGCACGAUUCACUGGUAACAUUCGAGGAACCAGUACAAGUUUCCAGCCUACAGCUCCAAAUAACCAAGGUGACAUCCAGCUGCCACACAGUGUCUCAGCACAAACUAUUAAUGAACGCAAUACAGCAGGACAAUUUCCUCACAGCCAGUCAAAUCCAAACAUCACAAGUUCAGGAACACCAGUAACAUCACCUAGUGAUGAGUCAGCAAGUUCAGUAACAACAUCAUCAAGUAGUACCACAUCAUAUCCAAGUACUCAGUUGCUAAGCAACACAAGUGUGUCUGGACAGAACAGCAGUAAUAAUGAUAUCAGUAUGGAGAAUGAACAUGAUGGGUUAACUUCACAAUUGCCAGGGACCAGUUCACAGUAUGACAACAGGCAGCAGACUUCAAGCUUAGAAAGUACACCAGAAACAAGCAGUCACCAGGCAACAGAAAGGACAAAGAAAUACAAAAUGGAGUCCACACCAAGAGGUUUUGUAUUGAUUAUUAAUAAUAUUCAUUUCCGUAACCAUAAACAUCGACCAGGAGCUGAACAAGACAGAGACAAAUUGAAGGCCAUGUUUGAAGAUUUUGGAUUCGAGGUGGAUGUUAAGGAAGAUCAAACAGCUAUGCAAGUAGAAGAACUGCUCUCACAGUUUUCUUUACUACAAGAUCUUUAUCGUGUGGACAGUUUGAUUGUUGUUCUAAUGUCACAUGGUAACGAUGAGUUCAUCUUAGGAUCAGACUGCCAGAGGUUAAAUGUCAUCAACCUGAUCAAAAAGUUCAAUGCUGACUACUGUCCAGCUAUGAUGGGAAAGCCUAAAAUGUUUAUUGUAAAUGCUUGCAGGGGAGAUGAUGUAGACUGCAAUCCAAUAUUAGGAAGCACACAGCCAUGUUAUGACAAAACUGAGACAGACUCUGGGCCGACAUCUUUAGAUAGAAAACAGCCAGCCAAUAGUGAUUUAUUGAUAGCUUACUCCACGUUUCCAGGUUAUGUUUCCUUCAGAGAUGAAGAACAAGGCAGCUGGUUCAUACAGUGUUUGGAAGAAGUGUUUAGGGAAUCAGCCUCUGAUGAACACGUAAUGGAUAUGUUAACACAGGUAAAUGAUAAAGUAGCAAGUAAGAGUGAGAGCAUGAUGGGUUACAACCAGACACCAGCGCCAUCUACAACACUACGAUACAAAUGGUAUUUAAAUCCUCAGACUGUCUGAUAAUCAAGCAAAGUGUAAUUCCUAUCUCUGGAAUUUCUGAUAUUGCCCAAAACAUUGUUUUCUGAUUUAUACAUGGUACAUGAAUCUUGUAUUAAGUUGAACAUAACAACAUAAGUUUAUAAUGAAUAAUUUACUGAUUUACAGAUAUAAGAUUUAAAAUAACAUUGUGUUUAGUUGUUAAACAGCUGUAUGUGUCAGACAAAAAUAAUACAUUUAGCCUUUUUCUGUUUUUUUUCUCAACAACUUGAAUUUAAAGAAAUAUGACAUAUAAGCCUCGUUUGCACCCAGAACUGUAAAAGCAAGUUCUUGUAAAUAUUUUUCCUGGAACAUUCAUCUCUCUCUUUAAUAAUAUAAAAUUUCUUUUUAAUCCAUCAUGAUAAUUAUAUAAAUACCAUGUCAUCAGUGAUCGGGAAGGAUGUGCGCCUUGCGCCAAUUGCGCUUAUCGACCAGAAAUGGCGCAUAGAGUGACAAAUGUAAGCGCCCGCGUGGCGCAUGAUAUUUUUCACUUCGUUUUGAAACGUAGAGAUAUCGUCAAAUGGAUUUCUGAUCGUAUUUCGUGCCGCCAUGUGUGAGUACACAACUGUGUAGUGUUUACUUCAAUGAUAGGAGCACUUAUAUAUUUUUGGGACGUCUCGGGUGUUUUCCUAUGGUAAUAAUGGCUGUGUUUGGAUAUACGCCAGAGGUGGCCUAUGGUUAUCCAUAGGUACCUUUGGUUUGAUAUUCUAUAUAUCAAAAUAUCAAACCAUUGGUACCCAAAGAUACCUAUGGGUAACCAUAGGCUGCCUUAGGCGUAUAUCCAAACACAGCCAAUAGCAACAUGCGGUAUGACUGAUUACCCAAAAAAUGUAAUUAACCAUCAUUCAUGAUAUAAUUUUUUAUAAACAACUUUAAAUUUGUGAAAAUUGGCUAGUACAGGCGAGAAUUCUUCUCUAAUUAUAAUCUUUUAAGUAAGCUUGCUAUUAUUUCGAUUGAAAAACCCAAAAGCCUUUUUAUGAAUGGUAUGGUAUUUGUCUCCAUAAAAGGGGCUUAACUGUCCUUGACAAUUUUUUUGGUCUUUGGCUCGUUUUGACAUUUCAGCAAAUUGUUGUUUUGUCUUAUCAAUUAACGUUGCUCUCUACUGUUAUUCUUGUCAUCGUGAUGAAGUAAUAAUAGUACAAGUGCAGAGGAAAUGCCAGAAACGUCCUCUAAUACGGAACGUCUGGAAUAAGUAUGGUAUCGACGAAGACCCAAAUUUAAUGUAAAAAAAAAAACAUGAACAUGAACAAGGGAACAGUACCAGUUUUAACAUUGUAAAUAAAGGUUAUCGUAAAUAUUGCCCGGUUUGGAAGAAGUUAUUGUAUAUUCAUUGAAAUUGAAAUUACAAAAUCACAGGAACAAUAUCCAUGAUAUUAAUUAGAAUCAUACUUGUUACGUUGUAAGUACAGUGAAAUAUACACUUUUUUUAUUUUUUUUAUUGUAAAUGAAUGGCCCACAAUAAUUCUAAAAAUGGCCCAUUGAAUUUAUUUUUGGGGGGCCCUGGGCCCAUAGAGAAAAAAUCCUUCCAGAUCACUGUGUCAUGCAUUAUUGAACCAAUAUUUCAUGCAUGUUUUAAUGCAUAAUAGGUUGGAACAUACCGUUGUUUUUGAAAUUGUAUGCUUCAAAUCUAAACUACAUGCUUUUUAAACUGAAUUUAACUUUGACAAAUGGAGACAAAAGAGGGACGAAAGAUACCAGAGGGACAGUCAAACUCACAGAUCGAAAACAAACUGACAACGCCAUGGCCAAAAAUAAAAAGACAAACAGACAAAUAAUAGUACAGAUGACACAACAUAGAAAACUAAAGACUAAGCAACACGAACCCCAGCUCCGGAAGGGUAAGCAGAUCCUGCUCCACAUGUGGCACCCAUCGUGUUGCUUAUGUUAUUACAAAUCCGGUAAAUAGUCUAAUUCGGUAGGUCACAUUCGUGAAAAGGGAAGGGUAUUGUAAUUACGACAUAAGGAACUUAUUUGAUAUCAUCUGUGAAAUGGUUAUUCCAUAAUGGUCAACCAACUCGUGAUGGCGUCCGUAAAAUUUACGAAGGGAUUAUUUCAACUUCACCAUUUGGAACUCUUGGUUUAAUUGCUUCCUUGUGAGCAGCAAUCCUCUAUCAAGAGUGAUGAGCCAAUCAAAUUAAGUUUUUAAUGUAUUUUGAAUCAUCUAUAUAUAUCUGCAUGUUACCAUAAAUCAUUUACAUAAAGCAAUUUCAUCAUUUUUGUGCUUAUAAGGAGACACAUUCACCAUGAUUAUGAUAUAUUUAAUAAGACACCUUAGAUGAAUGAACUGAUGAAACUGGAUUAGUUUUCAUGGUGUAAUAUUGACAUGUUAGCCCUUUCAUUCAUUUGUGUUUUUAGUGUCGUCAAAUAUAUGUAACCUAAAAUCUGUCAACCAGAAAAAAUGAUCAUGUGAUGCACUUGCAGGCCAAGAGGAUGAUUUUUUUUAAUCACGUUUUUGUUGGAAAUUGUAUAUAUAUUGUUGUUCAUAAAAAAAUGGUACUCUAAAAUAAGUUGAAAUGAUCGAUGUCAUCAACAACAAUUAUCAAGUGAAAUCUUGAUUCUAAAAGGUGGCCAAUUUUGGGUAAUGACCAAUUUAAGGGGCAGAAGGAUAUAUAAAUAAAUAGUUACUUUGAUUGUAUAUAAUUAUGUAUUAGCGAAUGGACCAUCGCACUUCAGCGUAGAUCAUUGCACUUCAAUGUGACCAUCGACUUUGGUGUCCCCAUCACACCUCUGAGUCCUUCAUAUUUUUUUUUGUAACAGAUUUAAUUUUCUGAAAAAUUUGACCAUUUUAAAAUUAAAUUGUUAUUUAAUUCUCUCUGUUCAUACUGUACCAAAUUUUUAAUGCAAACUUUUUAUGCCUUACAAAAUUUGAUAGAACAUUUAUUUGUAUACGACAUUGAUUUUGAAAGGAGAUUUGUAGGUAUUAAAUUGUGACUAGGAUGGAGAGUUGUCUCAUUGACACUCAUACCACAUCUUUUUAUAUCUAAUUAAGGCUUUAUAACACAAGUAUAAGUCCAUUGUUUUAGUAUCUGUACCAAUACAGCUGUUACUGUUGUUAUAUUUAUAUGGUGUCACCCUGCAGUUUUCAUGUUGGAAAAAGAAUGUAUUAUACAUUUAUUUUUAUGGGUGGUAUUUUUGGUAUGUCCUUUCAAUUUGAUAAGAUUAUUAUUAUGUAUAAAAUCAAUUCUUUUUGUUAUUCACCAUGUAUACUUUUGCGUAAAAGUUCAUUUUCAAAGAGUUAUUUUUUUAUAUAUAUAGUAAACAAAUAUCAUAGUACAGUUUAUUUUUGUGAAAUGAAAAAAAAACCAAAACAAUUUGUAACUUCCAUGAAUGUUGUUUAUCAUUCCACACAUUUAUUUAUAAUUUUUAUUGAUUUUUCACCUGCUUUUAUGAAGAAUGUUAAGUUGAUGUUUGCAUAUAAGAAAAAGAAAAGUUUGUAUUAAAAUAAAAGUAUAGUAAUCAUGUUUAUAGUUAGGUUAGUAAUAUAAAUGACCUAAAAGUGCUCUAUGCAUUUUUUAUAGUUAAUUGUACAUUUUCAUUAUUUUAUGCUUACUUUUGUUAUAUAUGUGAUCUGUUGUGUAUAUUUUAGUGUUCAUCUUUAGAUAUCAGAAUAAAAUAUUUUGAUAUUC